GAAUGUCCACGAGCUGUUCAGAGAUUAAACGAGUUAAACGAUGCAAGCGAACAUUUACGCGAGAUUACACAAGACAUAUUAGUCGGAAUCACAAGAAUAACAAUUUGACUUUUUUGACUUCCAAGAACGUCCGUGAAUAAUGGUUAAGAAAAUACUUAUUUAAUUUGGUUUAGCUCUUGUUUUCGUACACCGCUUCUUUAACUCCUCUUUUUAUCUUACGUAUUCAUAACUAAGUGUCUUCAACAAUACAACACGAGCUCAGUUAUACACGGUAGAUCAUGCUACUUUGUAAGACAGUUUACAAGCCGUGGAUGCAAGGAUUUAAUCGUUCUUUCCUUCGAUUUAUUCAUUCGAAAAAAUCUAUAAAUCAUAUCUCGUUCAUAAAAGACGAGACAACCUGUGUGUCAUAUAACGAUGUUGACUCGUUUCAGAAUCAAAUUGUUUCACAAUUUCUCGAUUUUAAAGCUGGAAAAAUUGGUGAGCAUCCAAAAGCGACAUUCUUGUCUAUGCAAUUUCAUCCGGUUUACACGUUGGGCCGCAGGCAACGAAAUACUGAAUUGAUAAACCGUCUACAAGCUGGCAAGGCGGAUGUCGUACAAGCACUUCGUGGAGGCCAGACUACGUUCCACGGGCCAGGCCAACUUGUGGUUUAUCCCAUUGUCGACUUGAUAGACUUACAAAUCAAACCGCGGACGUAUGUCUCUAUGAUUGAACAGUCAGUGAUAAACACAUGUGAGCAUUUUGGAAUCCACGGAACGCAUACAACAGAGAAUACAGGGGUCUGGGUCACGGACGAUGAUAAGAUUGCAGCUAUUGGCAUUCACCUGCGAAGAUACAUCACAAGUCAUGGAGUUGCCAUAAACGUAAAUACAGACCUUCGAUGGUUUGAUUCUAUAGUGGCAUGCGGUUUGAAAGGAAAACGGACAACAAGUUUUGAGCAGCAGGGUAUUUCUGUAAGCAUAAAAGACGUAGAAAGCUAUUUCAUCAAAACAUUAUGGAAUACGAUGUCCAAAAAAUGAAAGUUUAUCAAUGGUUAGGCUGCGGUAGUUUUACCGUAGUAACGGGUUGAAAGGAAAACAGGGCUCCAAAGUGGAAAUGCUGCACGACUGGAUAUUUUCCCAAAACUUCAUUGUCAUACAUUUUAAGAAGACCCUAACAAAACUGUUAGCAAUCGCUCUAAAUCUCUGGUAAAUAUUUGUACUGCACAUACCUGAUUAAUUUUGGACCAGCUCGGAACAGCUGUUAUGUCGUAAAGGAUUGGUGAAUGUUCAAAGAACGGACCUUUCUUCACGCGAUUAAUAAACUGAACGGCACCAAAAUAAAGAUUUAUAGAAGCAUAAUCAUCAACAACUUCGGGCUUUAAGACGUUAGUAGGUUUGGGCCUUCUCGAAUCUGCCAAUUGAGAUGAUCCUAAAAUGAAUGGCAGGAAAAAAUGGUCAUCUAAACCCCAGACUCCAUGAGAUCCUGCAGGUUCGAGUCUGUAUGUCAUAAUGAGUUUACGACACACCUCAAAAUAACGAUUCAUGACAGUUAAGGCAAUGGCCGUUCGAUCACUUUCCUCCAGAACGGAAAGCAUCUCCAAAGCUUUAAGAAAGCCAACAAAGCUCAGUUCGUGGCCUGUUCCAAAAUCCAUUCUUUGAGGAUUACCAAAAGAGCCUUCCAAGUAAUCUGUCAAUUCAACGAUAGCGGAUGACCACUUUUCAGUGACAAUGUCAAGCAAAAUCGUUCGAAUUUGAUCGUUUAUCUUGCUGUGAAAUGUUCGAAACGCCGGAUUUCCAAACCGAUGGCUUCCAGGGACACGCGGGGUUUCAUCGAUAAUGCCAUUUAUUUUACUCAGACAAUUCAUGAUCCGUUCCACACGUUCAGAAUACUCUUUCGGUAUAGUCUUCUGGUUUUUAGCAGCAGAAUCUAAAGCAGAGAUGUAACCAACUAGUUUAGCAUAGGCAAUUGAUUUACGAAAAGCUGGCAUAUCAUGUGCUUCAACAAUCAACUUUUCCGGUUGAAAAAAGUGUGUUUCAGGACUUAGUUUUUCGGUCUGUACGGCUACUACUUUUUCUUCGACAUCUUUAGGAACAGGUUCAUCCAUUUUCGUUUUGUAUUUACCAAACAAUUGUUUAAAAUAUACUAAGUUUGUAAGCCGUGAUCGACUUGGAGGAAGACAGGA